CAGGUACAUUUAAUAUGAUAAACUGAAACAUGAAUCCAGAUUCACUUAAAUGUCACUGAAGUUUGCUGCAGUUUCCCUCUGAGUUUUUAUUCAACCUUCUAAUGCAAACUACAUAGCAUCACAAAGAUGAGGGGGAUAAAAGGGUUGUAAAUGUCAAAGAGCGAGGCGAUUGGAGGUAAAACAGGAUCUGAAAGACGUGCAACGAGGGUGAGUGGAAUAAGAAGUGAUUACAAAGAGAGGAGAGGAGAAUAAGCAGAAUAAAAAGUGCUAAAUAUCCUCCAGGUAUGAAAAGGUGUCCUAAACAGGGAUGAAGAUGAGUUGGCAGAUUAAACGGAUGAAAAGACUCCCUGAUCAGGAUGAAUAGGGAUGCUAAGAACAGAUGUGGAAAUGAAUGGGCUAAAAGGAGGGAUGAAGAGGAUGAGCGAUGAGGCAUUUUUCCUGUUCAGCAAGUUUAAUGAAGCACCUGAAAGUCUGUGGCACAGCUCCUUUCAACACCAAGAGCGGAACCAGGAUCGUUGGAGGUCAGGAUUCAACUGAAGGGGCGUGGCCAUGGCAGGCCAGUCUGCACAUCGGGCCGGGGCGGUGUGGAGGAUCCCUGAUCAACAAUCUGUGGGUUCUGUCUGCUGCUCACUGUUUUAGCAGCACGAGCACAUCAGGUUUGACUAUUUACCUGGGUCGACACACCCAGCAAAGUGUGAAUUCUCAUGAGAGUUCCUUUAGAGCAUCCCAGAUCAUUAUACAUCCAGACUAUAACUCCAACACAAACGAUAACGACAUAGCCCUGGUGCAGCUGGACUCUACUGUGGAGUUUACCAACUACAUCCGACCGAUCUGUCUGGCUGCAGCUGGCAGCGUCUUUACAGCUGGACUGGACUGCUGGGUCACCGGCUGGGGAACCAUUUCCUCUGAUGCCAAUCUCCCUGACCCUCAGACGCUACAGGAAGUAGAUGUUCCUAUAGUGUCCAACAGUCAGUGCAGUUCAACUUACAGCUCAAUAACUGACAACAUGAUGUGUGCUGGUCUGACUGCUGGAGGGAAGGACUCCUGUCAGGGAGACUCCGGUGGACCAUUGGUUACUAAAAGCGGUGCUGUGUGGGUCCAGGCUGGGAUUGUGAGUUUUGGGGAUGGCUGCGCCAAGCCCAACACCCCAGGGGUUUACGUCCGAGUUUCAAAUUACCAGACCUGGAUCAACAGCCACGUCACCAGUGACGUGCCAGGAUACAUCAACUUCCUGGGUCCAACUGGAUCGGCUCACGUGGUCUACCUGUCGCUUCCUCUGCUGCUGUCCAUCCCACCGACAAUCUUCUCUCUCGUCAUCCUCUCAUGAGUGUUUUAGUGAAGCUCAUCAGCGGAGAUGGAAAACAUGUCUUCUUUAAUGAACCUCACAUAUCUCCUCUUGUUUCUACUUCAAGUCCCACAAAGUUUUAGAAAUGUAACAAAACUAAAAACUAGAAACUGUCUCAGACAAACUGCCAGAGAAAAUAAAUUGCAAUGGUACAUUCCAACAAAAUGUGUUGCCUGCAUUUGACCCGUCCCUUAGGGAGCAGCGGGCAGCGCCAGGGGAGCACUCUGGGCAUAAAGGGUCCUGCUCAGGGAUCCAGAGGGGAGGUUUGUGGGAUUCAAACCAGUGACACAAACGUCCUGUUGUCUAACUGCUAGGCCACCCCCUACUUUAUAGCUUAAGUUGCUGCAGUUUUAUUUUAUUUCAAAUAUUUGACCUAAUAAACCAAAAUUAAUCCGGAUCUAAAACAACUGAGAAACAUGUAGACAUAUUUUCCCCCAAAUUUAAUCUUAAAACAAUUAUUUUAAUAUUUUUCAAAAUUGACAAAACUUUUGUUUUGUUUUAUUUGGGGAUUCAAUGACAGGAAAUAAGUAAUACUGAAUUUUAUGUAUUAAACCAAGAUAAAUUAAAAAAUAAAUAAAAUCAAACUUAUUGUUAUUUAACACUGAUCUUAAUGAUAAAAUCAUUGAUAAAAAUUAAAACACUAUUAAAAAACUUUCUUUUUUUCUCCAUCAGUACUGAGAUCUCAUUUAAAGCCAGAAUAUUGAAACUUCAUCAAAUCUGAAACAUGUUAUUCAAAUGAAAAAUACAUGACCCAAAUGUAAUUGAUUUGCUACUUUUUGAGCUACAUAUAAGUGAUAAUUCAUCAAACAGAAUUCAGAGAGGAGCUGAUUUUUAAGAAAGUUUCUGUGUAGAAAUUUAAACAAUUUUAGGAAACAUUUUUUGGCUUUUUUGACAUCUUUGUGUUUAUUUGAGGUUGAAUUGUUCAUGUUUCUGUUUCUAACACGUUUCGCUGAUUGAACUGUGAUUUGUUGUUAAUUUAAUGAAUAAAUAACUGUAUAAUCCUAAACUCAGGGAUCACACUGAGACCUCUGUUAACAUGGACUGUUUGAAGUCAAUUAAUUAUAUACAUGUAUUUUGUUCCGGGAAUGAAGGGCCAGGAAUAAAUAAUAAAUAAUAAAUAAUAAUAAUAAUAAAAUCAGGAAUAAAUAAUCAACAAGAAAA